CUCUCACACGCCGCAACAAAAGCGCACCAAUCAUUCUCCCAACCACCCGGCCCUCCGAACCUCAGCCUCGGCGUCCCAAGCUUCCAGGCUCGGUCGCUACCACCACCUCGAAAAAGUCCAAAAGCUCGACCCUCCAAAUUACGCAGUCCCAACCGAAAAAAAGAAAAAAGGAAAAAAACACAGAGAGAGAGAGAGAGAGAGAAAGGGAAGGCUCUGUUUCUAGAGAGAGAAGCUAGAGAGAGAGAGAGAGAGGGAUCGGAGGUUUUUUAGAGAGGGAAAGUCGGGCUCGGGGGGUUUUAGCCAGCCACGGCGGGCAUGGUGCAGAUCGUGAAGCGGAAGAAGGGGCGGCCCCCGAAGUCGGAUCUGGCGAGGAAGCCGCCCCAAGCGCCGGCGCCGGAGCGGGAGCCGGAGCCGGAGCCGGAGCCGGAGCCCAGCGUCCGGCGGAGCGUCCGCCGGCGGAGCUCGAGGUACGGCUUCGUCGGCUACGACGGCUUCAUCCACGGCGACCUCGUCUCGGACGACGACGGGGAGGAGGAGGUGGAGGCGGAGGUAAUGAGGAGGGAGAAGAAGAUGAAGCUCGUGGUGAAGCUGGACCAGAGGGCGCGCGGGGGCCGCGCGUCGGGAUCCGAGGAGGAGGACGGGAGCGAGGGGAAGGCGGUGAAGAAGAGGAGGAUUGGCGGCGGCGGCGGCGGCGGCGGUGGGGACGAGGACGAGGAUCGCGAGGAGGAAAGGAAGGGACGUGAGGAGAGUUCCAGAGUACAGCAUGAGUCGUCUCCUCCAGGAACACCGUCGGGCGCAUCCAGCAUUCCGUUGCCUGAUAAGAAGACACUUCAGCUGAUACUUGACAAACUUCAGAAGAAGGACACAUAUGGCGUGUACGCGGAGCCGGUUGAUCCUGAGGAGCUUCCAGAUUAUCAUGAUGUGAUUGAGCACCCAAUGGACUUUUCCACAGUAAGGAAGAAGCUGGCCAAUGGAUCAUACGCAAUGUUGGACCAGUUGGAGAGCGACAUUGUCCUCAUCUGCUCAAAUGCAAUGCGAUACAAUGCACCGGACACUAUAUACCAUAAACAGGCACGUGCCAUUGAAGAACUUGGGAGAAAGAAAUUCAGUAAGUUGAAAAUCAAGUUUCAGCGCUCUGAGAAAGAGCUCAAGUCAGAAAGGGAAGCAAGGAUUCAAUUUGAAAGCCAUGAGAAAGAUCUCAAGUCCGAGCAGAAACCAAAAUCCAAUUAUUUGGUGAAGAAGCAAAUCAAGAAAGCGGUGUCCCGGUCCUUGCAGGAGCCCGUUGGUUCUGAUUUAUCUGUGGGUGCCACUCUUGCUACUCCUGGAGAUGUCGAGAGUGGUUCUGCUGCAAAGAAAGUAGGUGUUUCCGAGAGACCCAAUGAUGGACCUGCAGAUGGUAGUACCCUUCUGGCUGAAAAUAUUCUAGAGAAAGCAGAAGAGGCAUUCAUAGGUAAAAGUUCAUCAUCAAAGCUAGGGCGGAAACCGUUAGCACUUGAUGAGAAUCGUCGAGCAACUUAUGGCAUAUCAAAUCAACCAGAGGCGAGAUCAGAGUCAGUAUUCACAACUUUCGAGGGUGAAAUCAGGCAACUAGUAGCUGUUGGACUCCAUGCAGACUAUUCCUAUGCUAGAAGUCUGGCUCGUUUUGCAGCAACACUUGGGCCAAUUGCUUGGAAAGUUGCCUCCCAGAGGAUUGAGCAAUCAGUACCUGCUGGAUGUAAGUUUGGUCGUGGAUGGGUUGGGGAAUAUGAGCCACUUCCAACCCCAGUGGUAUUGCCUGGAAACUGUUUCAAUAAGGAUUUGCUGCAUAGUGUUGUUAAGAAGCACAACUUGCCCUCCAAAGCACCAGUGUCUGUAAAGGAGAAUGCUGUCAGUACUUCAGCUUCGGAAGUGAGACAGCCUUUGGUUUGUCAGGGUAAUCUUUCAACCGUAUUGAGUUCUGCUCAAUCCAGUUCAGCUGUCACGACCAAUCAUCAGACACCAGGUCCAGUUUGCAGGAAUCCCAAUGACCCUGAAACUAAGGUCGUUAAACAGUUUGAAUUGAACUCUUUGCCUUCACCGCGUCAAAUCAAUAAUGCUACUUAUGUAGCAGAAAUGAAGGUUUCUGAUAAUUCAGAAAUGGCUGCAUCAAGAUUGAGGGAUAUUUUAUCAAGUAACUUAAAUAAUGUCCAACCUGAUUUGUCAGAACCUGCAGCAUCAAGGUCUAGAGAGAUGGUAUCAAGGAGUGUAAAGCACCCGCAGUUAAUGCAUUUUAGACAGUUGGAUGCUGAUGGGUUUGCGGACGGAAGAUUGCCAAAUGGGAAACUUCCAAACAACACUUUAGAUAGUAGCAAGGUGACCUCUAUAUCCAAUGGUUUCACAAACAAAAUGCCCAUGGCAACACCUUUUUCUCCAAGAAAGGAUCAGGGGCUUAGCGAUCCUGUUCAGUUGAUGCGAAUUUUGAGUGAAAAGGCUCAAGAAAAACGGAUUUCUCUGAGUGCUUCCAGUGUCGACGGUCCUUCAAUCAGGGCACCUCUUCCUUCAUUGAGAAUGAGCAGUUCAGGCAAUGUCGCUGCAGCUGCAUGGAUGUCCGUGGGGACUGGAGGCCUUAAACAAACUGUGGAAAGUUCUCACACAAAGAAGAGUCGAGUAACAGCAGAACUUUCAAAUCAGUCCACCCAAGAACUUCAUCCACAAACGGCACGUGCUCAUAGCAAACUGCCUGUUUCUUUUGGGAUACAGUCUCAAGCAGAUAAAAAUAACAAUCCUCCUCGGUCAUUUGUAUCGUCCCCUUUCACCUUAUCCAGUGAGAGACAAUCCCAUUUGCGACCAAUGAUUCCCCCCCAAAUAAUGACUGCCGACUUGUCUAGAUUUCCGGGGCAGCUGCAUUGGCGUGGUAUCACACCACAUACACAGCCGUGGCAGAAACAGGAAACUCUUCCCCCAGAUUUGAAUAUCGGUUUCCAGUCACCAACAUCCCCAGCGAAGCAAUCUUCUAGUGUUGUGAUUGACUCACAACAGCCAGAUCUAGCCUUGCAACUCUGAAGUAUGUAUUCAUUGUUGAGGAAAUUGACAACAAGGGAACUUCACUAGGUAGUCUUUACUUCCUAACAAAUUUUCAGAUCCAAAAGAUAGCUUCUCUUUGUGGGCGAGCUUGGCAGUAUGUCAAUUUCCUGACCUCAUUUAUACCAUUCAGGUGGUCAGUCCUUGAUGACUGUAAAGCGCCGUCUUGACUUUUCAAUUGAUUAUUCGGAAGGAAGGUGAAGUUAGGUUGAUUUUGCAGUACCCCUGCUUGAUUCCAAUUGUUCUGAUGCCAGUUGAUUAUAAUUAAACGUGCGGUUUCCGUAGGUCAGAUAAAAUUGCCAAGGCAGAUGUAGACUCGUUGGAAGAUAAUUGGUCUCUCUGAGAGGUUCAAGCUCUUACCUGACAAAGAUUACCGAGUUGUGAUGGCAUCUCAACCGGAGGAAAUAGAGUUCAGUCAGUACAUUAUUUAUUCUGCAUUGCUAUUUUGAAUUGGAAUUUAGAGACCAUAUAGAGAAAGAAGUGGAUGACUUGUAAAUGAGAGGCAGAUCAUAAUCACCUGCUUGGAUAGGGACUCUUUUGAUGUCCUGUACCAUGUACUGAUUAAAAUUCGCAGAUUUAACUGCAUUUUUUCUUCCUAA